AUGCCUGACACGCCCGAGCCAGAUGUCUCUCAUGUCGUGCAACCCUGUCCCACCAUGCCAUUUCCCUCCUGCAAGUCCGAAUGCAUCCCAGACGGUGUAAACACCGUUCGUGACGGAGAUGUGCCCCGUAACUCGGGAACCUGGAAUGAUGAUGCCCAGACCGCUGCUAUCGAGCAUCUGGUCACACUCAAACAGGGGUUACGGACAGCCGAACUCGAGCCGUUCUGGAAACGGCUCAUGGAGGACAUCACAACGAUAACAAAUGCCCAGUAUGCGUUUGUUGCCCGCAGGGUACACGGGAAUGAACACUUGCCAGAAGUAGGCGGGCGGCGCCCAUCGCUUUUUGGUGCAGCUUUUUAUUAUAAUGAUGGUUACCAGACCGUUGGUUUGCAGCGAAACAGGUAUUUCGCGGGCGGGAACCCCUUGUUGCAUAUGGACCACGAACGGCCUUGUUUGAUCCCCGAAAAUCUCAGCUCACUGGUGUCGUUCGGUGAUGAUCAAUUACCGUUUGGCGCCGAUGGCUAUUUGGCGAUUCCCCUAUUUUCGGCUGGAAAGUGCCUGGCGCACCUUGGGUUGAUGUGGUCGAAAGAUGGUCUCCGAAAUAGAACGCUAUCCUGGUCCUUUCUGGAGAUGAUCCUCCAUUCGCUCGAAGAUUUGAUUGUACAGCGGCUUCAAUCAGAACUCGAGACUUUCGAUGCAAUGUCAGACGCUCCAACGACAAAUACCUUCUCCGACUUCCACAACCCCCAGUCUACCGCCUUCCACGAAGCUUCCGAUUUCAAUUCCCACCCCCUCAAACCCUACGCCCGAAGCUUAUCCCACGAACUCCGGACUCCGAUGCAAGGUGUGGUGGGUAUGCUUGAUGUCAUGCACGCUACUGUGCGUGAAGCCAUUGAGAGCAACACUCCUCUCAAAUCCGGAGGCAUUUUCGAAUCUCUCAAGGAGGGGAUCGAGAUGGUUCAAGAUAGCGCGCGACGCGCCGUUGAAGCGGCCGACAAUGUCGUCCAUGCAUAUGAUCUCAAUAUGCAAGUUCCCAAAACACCACUUGAGGAGAAGUUUGAGAUACUGGGCGGUGCCGCAAUCCCAUUCGCUUCAUCCGAAACCCGUCCGAGCAUUUUCAUCGAAGGGAACAAUGUCGCCGUAAAUCCGUACAAGCGGCGACGAAGCCUGCCGCCGGACAUAAGCACCCGGCCGGUACGCAAACAAAGACUUCGUGCGGCUUCCUCGCGACAAGAGCUUUCGCCUCGUAGCGAAGAGGUCAAAAAUGCUGUUCACGAAAGUGAUCAGAUCGUCCAUGCUAUCCCGGCUGCUCAGAUCGAAGCCGUCAUGGCUGAGAUGGUUGAUCCGCGCCCAUCACUCGCAGUUCGACGAUCGGCACCUCAUCUACUCCUCGAGGGGAUCAAUGGGAAUCUGAAAAAUUCUGCUUUGCGUUUUACCAAAUUACGAGACCUUCUCCGUUUGGUUAUCAAUGAGUCUCUCCACGUUGGCGGUCGACCUGACUCUGCUGUUUCCAAUGCAACCGAACUUGGCGAGAGGAUUGAGAUUCGGUCGCGGUCCUCCAAUGGCGAAUUCUUCACUAAGGUCGUGGACUGGUCUGUGGAUCCAGCACUGCCUGACACACUGCUUGCCGAUGAUCGUGAUCUGGCUAAAUUGAUUUCAUGUGUUUUUCUCAAUGCGAUCAAAUUCACCAACAACGGCAUGAUCACUGUAUACGCUACUGUCGAUUCCAAGAGGAAUGACGUUCUCAUUCUCAUCCGCGACACGGGCCCGGGCAUUCCCGCUGCAUUCAUACCCAAACUCUUCAAACCAUUCGCCCGCGAAGAUGCAUCGACCACUCGGAGCAAAGAUGGCCUAGGACUUGGUCUCCUUGUAGCCAAGGGCCUUUCACGCAAAAUGGGCGGCGACUUGACCUGUGUUCGUUCGUCGACUUCUGGUCCUGAUCGUGGUUCAGAAUUUCGGAUCCGGAUCCCUGUCAACCAACCCGAGGCUGAACCUCGUCCUGGAACCCCCGGCGAGAGGAUCCUGACCCCGUCAACUACAUGUACCGACCAAACACGCCAUAGCAGCACCAGUAGCUUCCUCUCUGACCCCUCUUCCUCUGCCUCCCCAUUCAUCCUCCCCGAAAGUCGGCUGCAACAGCCCACCCCGUGCACCAGCGACGAAAACAUGUCAGAGAGCCCACCACCGCGGCCACCAGCACAAAUUCGGCUGCACCAAACACAUAUCUCUGGGGAUGCUUACGAUAAGAAGCUUGGGGAUAAAUAUCCGCUGCGCUUCCUCGUCGCCGAAGACAAUCGCAUUAACCGGCGCGUACUGGUGAACAUGUUACGCAAACUUGGCUACCGUGAUGUCCUUGAAGCGGCUAAUGGCAGAGAGGCCGUCCAGAUCGUUGAAGGUAUCCUAGCCGCGUCGCAUCCCAUCAAAGCGCGUGACAUCGAUCUCGAUUCAGCGAAUGGAGCACAAGGCGUCACCAAGAAGCCACUUUCGAAUACACGAAUGAAACCGAUCGAUGUGGUCUUGAUGGAUCUCUGGAUGCCCGAAAUGGACGGAUACGAAGCCACCUCACGGAUUCUUCGCAUGGUUGACAAGCACCGGGAUGGACAUGUGGCUUUCAAGCAACCGCACUCCAGUAGCCCGGAUUACAUGGAGAUGGACCCAGCGCCCGACGCUAUUUCUGCACCUCCACCUCCCACAGUCCUUGCUGUGAGUGCCGACGUUACCGAUGAGGCAUUGAAUCGUGCCUCUAGGGUAGGCAUCAAGGGUUAUAUGACGAAACCCUACAAACUCUCCGACCUCGAACGACUGAUCCUCGAGUUCUGCGGCGGUACCCGCAACCACAGUGUCUAA